GGCAGCCGCAAAAGGGCACGAAAGCGUAAUACGCUUACUUCUCACGCAAGGCGCCCAGGCCGACAGCCUAGACACUAGAUACGGCCGGACGCCGCUAUCGUGGGCAGCCGAAAACGGGCAUGAAGCCAUUGUACGGACACUUUUAAGUCAUAACGCCGAUGCUCAAAGUUCUGAUCAUAGCCAUCGUACGAUUUUGUUUUACGCGGUACUAGCUGGAAAAAGCCAAAUCGUGCGCAUCCUUACAGAUUUAGUCACUUACAUCGAUAUCAAGGACUACUAUGGUUCAAGUCUGGUAUCCAUCGCUGCGCGCCUCGGCUAUGCAGCUAUCAUUCGACAACUCACCAAAGUACCUGGCAUCGACGCCGUCUCUGUAGAUCAGUUUGGGCAUACGCCGAUGUGGUGGGCUUACAAUCAGGGCCAUCAUUUAAUAAUGAGAGACUUGGAAGAAUUCUAUGAAGCGUCCGGUUUGAAGUUUUCCCUAGAUACACCAGCCGUCUGCAAUCGUCUGGACUUCACUCUUAAGAGCGGACACUGCGAGGUAUGUUUGGCUGAUAUAGGUGAAAAGUACCAUCGCUGCGAGUCCUGCUUGGGCGGUCAUUUCGUCAUUUGUGUUUAUUGUUACAAUCUUGGGGCUCGUUGUCUAAAAGGGUCACAUACAUUAGUAUAGUAGUAGUAGUAUGUUUGGCAUAAACGUGGAAAUUCCAAAAUGAUCUGCUA